AUGAUGACUCGAGUAUCUACACCCAAGCGGAAGGGACGGCCACUUUACCGAUAUAUCUGCGACGGGGGUGGGUCAGGGAUACCGGACCACCGGCACGGACGAGUCAUCGGUACCCUACGGAGUACCUCGGCUUCCCCCGGCCACGAAAACCAUUGCCAUUCACAAACGUCCUGGCUGCUCCCAUCCUGGCCCGGCUGA